CUCCUCGUUCUCCGCAGCCUCCUGACGCGGAACCGCUGAUCCACGCUCAUCUGUGUGGGAUCCGCUUUCGGAGCCGUCAUCAUGUAACCUCCUCGCUGCUCGCCCUCUUCGUGUCUCCUCUCGUACAGAGAAUCCUCAGUCUUCGUCGUCCUCCGUCUCGUCAUGCUGCGCAUCGGGGACGAGGCGACGUGCUUCUCGGCGGUGUUUCUGCUGCUGACGCUGGGCACGAGGAGCGCCGCGGGCGCCGCUCUCCUCACCGCCUUCCUCUACGUCUUCAUGGCGAUGUUCCGCUUCCCCCCGGUGCCGGCGGAGCAGGCCGGCCGCGUCCUGCGGCCCAGGGCGUCCGCGGGCGGCGUGCCGGUGGUGGCGCACCGCGGCGGGUGCCGCGACGCCCCGGAGAACACCUUGGCAGCCAUCCGGCAGGCCAGCGAAAACGGGGCCACGGGAGUGGAGCUGGACCUAAGCUUCACCGCCGACGGCGUGCCGGUGCUGAUGCACGACGAGACCGUGGACCGCACGACCAACGGCUCCGGAGCGCUCGGCGAGCUGCAGUUCGCCCACGUGAGGAGGCUGGAUGCUGCAGCGCGACACAGGCUGAAAGACAAGUUCGCUGGAGAGAAAGUCCCAACGUUGCAGGAGGCAGUGGAGGAAUGCGUCAAACAGCGGCUGACCAUCUUCUUCGGUGUCAAAGGUCACCCUGACAAGGCUUCUUCAGUGCUUCAUGCAAUGUAUAAGAAGUUUCCUGUCCUUUAUAAUUCCAGCAUCGUUUCCUCUUUUGAGCCCAAAGUCAUUUACAAGAUGCGGCAGACGGACCCCGGCGUGGCCACAGCUCUCGCCCACCGGCCGUGGAGGCUGAGCCGCUUCCCCGACGGCACCCCGCGGAGCGCGUGCGCGUGGGGCCGGCUGUGGAGCCGCGCUCUGGACGUCCUGCUGGACUGGGCCCACCACCACGUCCUGUGGAAGCUCUGCGGCGUCUCGGCCGUCCUCAUGCACAGAGACUACAUCUCACUGGACUAUGUUCAGUACUGGGCUCAGCGAGGUGUGGAGGUCGUGGGCUGGACUGUCAACACGGCCGUGGAGAAAGACUUCUACCAAAGCCUGCUGAAGAUCGGCUACAUCACCGACAGCCUGCUAGAAGACUGUGAUUCAGUGAUCUGAACUAUCGCACGCACACGGCAGCGGGUUAAGAUUUCACAAGAGCCAAUUCAAAUGAUCGUUAUGAAAUUUUAAAUUAAGACGAUCAGAUUAAUUUAUUGUUGGUGACUGUAAAGACAGACUAAACUGUACAUUAUCUGUAGCUGGAAUACAGAUGAAUUAAACCUAUAAACGGUCACUUGAAAUCAUGAAGUCUCAGCUGUUUGCUCUCACGUUUUUACGAAACUAGCAGCAGCAACAGCAUCACACCAUCUGUUAACAACAGUGGACUUACUGACGCCACAUCAUCUCCAGCUGCACUUAUGUUUAUUUAUUAACAAAUAAAGAACGAUUUCUUAACUGCUCUGAA